AUGCAUGUGCACAUGAACGACAAGCCCUACUUCUGCAAAUUCAAAGGUUGUGACAAAAGCUACACCCAUCCCAGCUCCCUGCGUAAGCAUAUGCGAGCCCACUACGCCUCACCCCUACUCCUUCUUCGAGACGACCUUCCCGAUCUCUGCACUACGGUAUCCUCUGUAGAUGACGUCGUCUACAGCCCCGGCAAGCCCGAACGCCAGGACGAAAAGAGAGCAGGCCAGGUCGAGAGGCGACUGGAUGAGAGUGACGGC